AGUGCCAUCACUAGCUCACUGAGCCUGGCUUUUGGGCGUUGUUUUCGUAGCUGCAAAGUGGCUGAAAUUAAUAACUUUCAAGAGCAGAAGUGCGUAACACACCUGAAUGAGACUUGUGCCAAUCUCAGUGACCACCAAUCGCGCGCAAAUGACCAUUGAGCAUUGUGCAGCAGGCUAUUGAGGCUCUGGCAAGUAACCACACCCCUGAAAGACUAUGUCCACAAUCGAAGAGGAACGCAAGGCGUACGAAAAGAAUCCCUACUUCACCGGCCACAUCUACGGCAACUUCUCGCCGUUUUAUGUGACCAUUGCCAUCUGCACGGUUGUCCUGGGCACGAUCAUAAUACUGAACAUUAUCUUGGGCUGCUGCUCCAAGCAUCGCAAGUACUGGCAGGACAGGCACACGGGCAAUCGCUGGCUGGUCUCCAUUUGGUCUGCCACGCCCCACAAUCAGCCGCCAUUGGACUUCACUGAGCUGAAGGACGCCUCAUACUUUCAGCGCUUCCAUCCCACAACCCAUCAGCAAGUGUUCCCCGACGACGUUGUCAUCGGCGUUGACGACUUGGAGCCCGUGCACUCGGCGCACCAUCAUCAUCACCAGCAGCACCAGCGUCCACCACGCCCAGAGGGUCGCACUCUGCACCAGCAACGCCAGCGCGAGGAAUACGUGGAGUUGCAGAAGCGCGAGAGCGACAUCUAAGUAGCAAUGGCUCUUUACUUCCUU